AUGGAUCUAAGUGGAAAAAAUUGGAAAUCAGAGAAGCCAGUUGGGGCUGAGGUCGCUGGAGACGAGGAAAUGGGAAUGCAAGCUGAAAGCUAUGGAGGAGGAGUGAGGCACGAAAGGUCUCUGAGACAUAUGCCAAUGGGGGGAUUUUUGUUGAACUGGAAGGCUUAUAAUAUGGGGAUGGUGGAAGAGAGUAUAUAUAGCAGGAGAAAGAAGCGGAAGAAUGACGCGGUUCUAUGGUGGUGGUGGAAUGUGGGGCCGGGUCGAGGUCUGGGUCAAAAUUUGCACCUUCAUAUUUCCACUCGUUCCUUCCCUCCAAGAGUUUUGACUUUUGAUUCAGUGCCUUCUACACAACACAAGUAUGCGAGAUUUUGGGAUGACUGA